AUGGCAGCACUUAUAAAAUCUCUUUUAGAUUGGUUAAGAAGUUUAUUUUUCAAGACUGAACUUGAGUUGACAUUGGUUGGAUUGCAAAAUAGUGGGAAGACCACGUUGGUGAAUGUCAUUGCUUCUGGUCAAUUCAGCGAAGACAUGAUACCAACUGUGGGUUUUAAUAUGCGUAAAGUUGUUAAAGGAAAUGUUACCAUGAAAUUAUGGGAUAUAGGAGGACAACCACGUUUUCGAAGUAUGUGGGAACGUUAUUGUCGUGGAGUAAACGCCAUUGUAUUUGUACUUGAUUCUGCUGAUUAUGAGAAAUUAGAUGCGGCAAGAACUGAAUUGCGUAGUCUCUUAGAGAAACCUCAACUUGCAAACAUUCCAGUUUUGGUCUUGGGGAAUAAAAAUGAUUUAGAAGGAGCUAUGCCGGUUGAAAAAAUUAUUGAAGAAAUGAAUUUAAAAACAAUCAAUAAUCGCGAGGUUUCUUGUUAUUCUAUUUCUGCAAAGAAACAAGUAAAUAUUGAUAUUACUUUACAAUGGUUAAUCAAGAAAGGAAAAGGUUCAAAAACCACCAUUUAA